GAGGAGACAUCUUGAGAAUUUACAAAUGUAGACUGAAGACUCGCUCAUUAUCAGGACAAACACACAGAUCUUCAAACAGGACUGAGAAAUGGCUUCACCUGAACAUUGCAAAAGACGCGACAGCAUUGAGGAACCCCCUUCUAUAGCUGAUGCGCUUGAAGAACUGAACAGACUUCAUGACAACGCUUCAUCUGGGUGUCGCGAGCAUAUAAAGAAAAUGACUGGUCUUGUUAAUGAGUUUGAAGAAGAUUAUAAACGUGCAACUCGUAACACGAGAACAGGAGAAAUUGCAACAAGAAUUGGAGAGUACGCCCUGAUUACGGGAGUGACUUUAAGUAUUUUUACUGCAGGGAUUUCUGCAAUUGUUGGUGGAAUCAUUUCUGCUACUGCCGCAGCUGGUGCAACUAUCGCAGGUGCCGCAGGUGCCGUAGCUGCCGUAGCUGGUGGAAUCAUUGUUGCUAUGGCACAUUUUCAAAAACAACAGAUAGAGAAGAACACAAGACAAAAUUUUGAAAAUCAGCUGACAGAGUUACAGAACAAAAUCUACCCUGUGAUUGAUGUGCUGCAGAAACUAUUUAAUCUGACACAGAAAAAACUGAGAGACCCUUCAAUAUCAGAGCACAAAGCUAACAUGAUACGGGAAUGUUUCUCCUGCUUUGAACAAAUUCAACUCUUCAAGAUAGAUGACAAUAUAGGAGUCACCGCACCCAUGUCUAAAGCUAAACAUCUCAAUGAACAUUUCUCAAAGGUUUUUACUGAGAUGAAUUCCUUGCUUGAAAUUCUAAAAGAGAUUAUUGAGGACGACAUUGAGGAUGACAAAGACAAGAAUGAAGACACUGACAACAGACCUACAGACAAAGCAUCCACAGGCAAAAAAGUAAAUGAAAAAGAGUUUACCAAAAAAACUGAGACAUUCAUUGAUGAAAUGAACAAAGGAAUUAAUACAUUAAAAAAUACCAUGAAUGAAAUUGACCAGAUAAAAAUUAGACUCUCACAGAGAUUUAAAUAAAUGAGUAAUGUGGAUGAGACAUUUUGUAAAAACCUAAAACUUAAAUUCAUAGAGAAUGUAUAUGCUAACAGCAUAAUCAAAACAUCUGUUUAUAUAUUUUUUCAAAUCAUUCAUUCAUUCAUUCAUUCAUUUUCUUGUCGGCUUAGUCCCUUUAUUAAUUCUGGGUCGUCA